UUAUUUAUUUUUAUUCAUCAUCAGAAAAGGUCACACUGUAAGGAAUUUCGUGCCGUGUUCGUUUUGAAAUAAUGUUUGUUUUAACAAAAGAUGACGAAAAGUUUGUUCUGUUGCCCACUAAAAAUGUUUACACCGUUGGACGUCAAUCCACGGAUUUGAUCGUGUCCCAGGAUCUCAGUAUAAGUCGCAAUCAUGUGCAGUUUCACCUUGCUAAAGAAGACGAUGAAGACAUCCUGCAAAUGGAGGAUCUGGGCUCUAGAUACGGAACCUUUAUUUUCCCAAGGAAUUCCCAAAAGCCCCGAAAAGUGGCCGCCAAAACAAUAACUCAGUUGCAAGUGGGAAUUCGAGUGCGAUUUGGCGCAAACACAAGCAUUUGGCAGGUGUCCCAACUUGAAUUGAUCACCGCUGUGUCUGCUUUAACACGACCUGAAAUUCAAGAACUCGAAGAGAUGCUUCGGCCUAUGGGCGGAACUGUGAGUCCAAACUAUACUGAUGAGUGCACCCAUCUCACCAUGAACGAAGCUUCGGUAACGGUGAAGCUUCUACACGCUCUGCUCGAAAACAAACCCAUUGUCACCUUCGCCUACUGGAGGAAAAUGCUCCAUUCAGCGCAGAGCAUUCAUGUCAAGGAGGGCUGGCCACAGCCGGAGGAUUACCAGCCCAGCAAUAUGGAUGUUACCUGGCGUCCCGAACGCACUCGUCUGUUUGCCGGCAAGACCUUUGUCUUCAUGAAUCGCAAACACUUUGAAAUGUACGGAUCAGUUGUGCAGAAAGCUGGGGCAGCCUGCAAGGAUCUUGCUUCUGGUGUACGAAAGACGUUCCUAACAAAGAACGAUGUGAUAGUUAUACAAUAUGUACCUUCCACUCAGUCGCAGGCCACUGAAUCAAUAAAUAGUAUACAAGAAAUCCUGGAGCAAAGUGGCAGACGUGUUAUCCAGGAGUAUGAGAUUGGUAUGGCAUUGCUGCAUUGCUCGAUCAAGGAGUUCUGCAACCCAGCACACAUGUUGAUCAACGAAUCGUUACCUUCUACUGAGUCAGUAACAUCAUCGAUGGUUUUUAAUUCUUCGAUAAUAGUGCCCAACACGGAACGUCAUUCGGCCCAAUCCAGUGGCUCUGCCAUUUCAGAACUAGUGGUACCCGAAUCGGAUGCCUCUAGUAUGCAGGAGGUGUCUUCCAAACCUGCAACGGAAGCCCUUAAAAGUUAUUUGCGUAAACGAAGUCAUUCUUUAAUUGACUCUUCUGAUGAGGAGCAGGAAGCAGCUUUAAAGCGAGCCAAGCCUGUUCCCCAAGCAAAACCAAAGAGAAACGAAGAGAAUGCCAUCCUUGUGGACUCCUCUGAUGAAGAGGAAGCUGCAGCACCAAUUAAGCCUGUGACUAGGAGAAGCAAGGCGAUUGAAGAUGAGGAGGAAGCAGAUAAGCCAACUUCAAGUAAACGCAUGACAAGACAAAGCAAGGCCACGUCUGAACAGGAAGCUGUUAAACCACCAGUGCCUAUUCCAGAUCAAAAUAAACGAACGUCAAAGCGGGUCAAGCCCAUAUAUUUUGUAGACUCUUCUGAUGAGGAGAGCGAAAAUUCUGUGAAAGCAAAAGAAACGGCAGAUCGAAGCGAAAAAAGAAAGAAACUAGAAGCUCCUGCAGUUGUCAGGACAUCGCCACGCCUCAAUACCAAACCAGUGGCCACAAAUAUUACCAACCAACAGCCGGAAACAACUUCACGGAGUACUUCACAAAAGCAAACUGAGCCAAAGUCAGCGGGAAAGCCACUAGAAAGAAUUAGUGUAAUCAACUUUCUGGAAAAAUCACAAUCGCAUGAAUCAGCAUCAAAAUCUCAGUUACUGUCUCAAUCGCAAACACAACCCCAAAAGCGUUUGCGAUUGCAACCGCUAAACGAAAGCGACAGCGACGACAAUGAAAAUGUCUUUAACUUUGCCAGCAGCAAAAAGAAAAAGCAUAAUGAGAAUAAGGAUAACCACGAAGAUUCCACGGAUGGCUUGUUUAAUUUUAACUCGGAAAAAGCAAGCGAUCCUGUUGACCAGGACUCCGUGCUGACUGAACCCUUUCAGCCGGAUUCAGAAGCAAAGACAAAAUCUAAGUACGUGGUUGUGCAACGCAAGGAAAUGCCCAAAAAAGUGGACGUCAGUGGUUGGUUAUCGUGUAGCAGGCUUCAUGAUACUAUCGAACCCGAGAUAAAAACAGAAGACAAGCUGGAAAACUCCAUUAAGGCGGAUCCCGAUGAGGAAAAGUGGCUGGCGGCCAUGAAAGACAGCAUUCAGGUGCGCAUGUGCAACCUUACCAUCAUCAAACGCUCUCAAGAGGAAGUAGAUGCUUCUAUCAAUAUUUCUGUGAGCAAGUACAGCGGACGCAAGAACUUUAAAACCUUUGUCAAGACAAACAAUCCUCAUCCACAGCGACGCAUUGUGGGUUUGAAGAGUAUGCAGCUAGUAGACGGCAUGGUGACCUGUCUUUAAAAUGUUGGCCAAGAAUAACAAUCCUUAUCCUCGACUAUUUUAAGAACUAUGGACAGGAAGAACAAUGGACAUCACGGUGACCUGUCUUUAAUUAAAUGUCUUCUUGUUAUUUGUAUACAAGUUUGUUUUUGCCUAUGUAAAAGUUUACUUUAUUUUGCUUACAAUAAAUUUGCGAAAUAUG